AUGGCCCGAAGCGACACUACUGGUGUCACACGACGAUGGAAGUUUAGGAGAAGUGUUAUUGUCUCUGGUGAUAGCACGUGCUGGCUGAGCGCGGCGUGUGCCAUCUCGUUGGCUACGUCGCCCAUCUUUGCUCCCAAUGCGCCUGGUGAUCCCAAGAGCAUCGUUGUCAUGAACAGAUUUGAUGUUUCACGCGGUAUUCUUUAUGGAGAUAAGUGCCAGGCCAUUGGGAGCUGUACGAGCUCCUCGUUUGCCGCGUUCGAAUCCUUGUGUCGGGAUUUGACAAAAGGAGUGGAGAUUAUGAAGCAUGUGGCAUUUGCAGUGGACGCACCACAGAUGAAUGAGACGGAGUGCUUCGUAGCGGAUGUGCAAAGCGACCUGUAUAUUUAUAUUUCCGCGUGGAGUGACGCAGACAGUUGUGGUCACGCGCCUCUUUCCUCUCUUGCUUCCCUUCGCAAAAGCGGUGGAUAUCUUGUUAUUCUUUGCGAUGGCGCCACGCAGCGCUCGGCAUGGGAAGCCGCACAGACGCACCUGCCUGGAUGGACGGUGCUCGGCUUCUGUGUUCCUUCCUUUGCCCCACCUUCGUUUGAUCUCCACCUCACGCGGUCUUUUGUGCGUCGGUGCCACGCAAUGAAAGGGAUACUUGAGUGUGUUUCUCUUGGUGUAGCUAUGGGAACCGUAAAGCACCUGCCUUUGGGUUUUCGCGAUCCUCUACGUGUUGUUCCGCUGGAUGUGGCGCUCAUCACUGCAAUGACGGCUGUGCUGCUCCACAAGGAUAAUGGGCUUGGGUUUAUUUCUGCAGAUGCUGCCAUGAUGAAGUUGGGAUGCGCGGCUGAUAACGUGUUGGUGUGGGGAAUGGUUGCUGAAUACCUGAUGGACUACUAUGGCCGAAUUGGCCCGGCGGCAUUAGGGGACCUCCCGUUUCCACAGCUGCUUGACACGCAACCCACACUGCAGCUCAGUGCCAACGUCUCAGACUGGGUCAACUACGGAGUCUCCCUGAUGAUGCCGUUCCGCUGCUAUUAUGCACACCAGGUAACACAGCGCCGGAAACGAAUUCUGGGUGAACUGCCCGAUUCGACGACCACGGAAUACAUCCGUGGUGCCCUUGGCAGCAUUGACGCGGCUGUAAAAUGCAUUACAGCGGUGGCAGCGGCCCGUGUGUCACCUUCUCACGCCGUGGAUUAUUCAGAUGCCGCCAAACCACCAUCCGCAUCCGUCUCAUUUAACGAAACUGACUACCAGCUGCUGCUGCAAAUUGUAACGCGGGACGCGUCCCUUCGAGAGCUGCUCCCACUCAUUUUACUGAGGAACGUUCAGUGGGAUCUUUAUAUCAAAGUCAUCGCUCAGGCAGUUUUGGAGGGCGUCGCACUGCAAAUUUUUAAGCGGCCCCUGUCUUUACCUCCGCCCGUUCCCUUAUACCAUAAUGACAUUGUCUUUCAUGGAACGCGUAGAGUGCCUUCAACUUCCUUAAUUCCCCGCAGAUGGUUUUCCGAUGUGCACUGGACUGCGCGAGUUGGAGUGAAACCCGAUGGGGAGAGGUUUGCCGCCUCGCCAGGGCUUACAAAAGAGUCCAUGUCACGCAUCUUGGCCCACCCAAGUGUGUUACGUAUUAUGGGUGAAGUGGCAAAAAAUGAAAAUUCUUCAGAAGGUGCCGUCCGAGAGCGUGCCAUGGCAAUUCUCCGUACAGUUGGGGACAACCUUAAUCAUUUUCAGCUACGUCUAUUUGGAUUCUUUGUACGCCGUGUACUUUUUCGUUUGUACGACGAGGUGAGUCUCAACUCUGGAGCCUUUAAACGUCUGUAUAAUCUGGUGAACACACCACGCGUGGGGGUUGUAUUGCUUCCGUCUCACCGCUCCUACGUGGACUUUAUUAUCAUGACAUAUCUGCUUGUGGUGAUGGGUUUCUCACCGCCCCAUGUUUGUGCAGGCGACGACUUCCUACGAAUGGGGCCUAUUGCAAGGCUCAUGCGUGGCAGCGGUGCUUUUUUCAUGCGUCGCUCAUUUCGUGAUGACCAGCUGUAUUAUACGCUUUUCAGAGAAUAUGUUAGACAACUGGUCCUUCGGCGUCGGACGCUGGAGUUCUUUAUUGAGGGCACACGAAGCAGGACCGGCAAGACGCUUUGCCCAAAGCUUGGCAUCCUCCGGUUCAUCACGGAUGCCUUUCUCGAGUCAAAGGGGGAGUUGGACGAUGUGUACUUUAUCCCCAUCAGCCUUUCCUACGACGAGCUCUUGGAGACCAGGCUGUACGCGGAUGAACAGUUUGGUGUGUCAAAGCCAAGUGAGAACAUGGGCAACUUGUUUCGUGCGCGGUCGCUACUAAAGACGCGUCAUGGCAAGAUUCACGUGUACAUUGGCGAGGCGUUUUCAUUACGUCAUUUCCAAGACCAACCGCUUCAGUGCCCGGCGCCGUUUGAACCGCGGGGAGAAAAGGAUUUGGACGCUUCGCCCCGAAAGAACCGCAUAACACCACCGCGAGUACUUUUGAACUUGGCUUGGCAUGCCACGCACAGCAUUGAAGAAAACACGGUCGUCACGCCCACGGCGCUCGUCGCCAUGGUUCUCAAUGUUUUUGCACCAACGGCAGGAACUGUGCCAUUGGCGGAGGUUUACAGGCAUAUGACAUGGCUGCAUACAAAUAUUGUAAGGCGAAAAGGUGCUCUGAGUGACGAUUGCGCGAACAGUGACGUGGAAACAAUGACACGUAAAGGAAUCACGCAUCUCCAAGAAUUUGUUGAGGUUUUGAGUGAUGAUGCAGAGAAAAUUAGGGUUCGCCAGGAUGUCGGAUCCUUCAUGGGAAUCACCAUCUGCAGCAACCAGCUUGUUCACGUGUUUCGGGAUGAGGCUGUGGUUGCGGUGGCCGCCCGAAUGUAUGGUGAAGUUCAAGCCGCAGGAAACGUGUUACGUGUGGAACGUCAACAUUUGAAGGAAGGGUGUCGGCAAUUGCGUCAAUUGCUCUCAUCGGAGUUUCAGGAUUAUCUUCCUUUUUGCCCUUACACGUUUGAUUCAUGGUUUGAACACACCCUUUUACGGCUUCUUUCUUGCGAGGAGUCGAAUACUGAAAGCGAAGUCUUCUUGAGCCUUGGCGGCACGACGGCCGAGGCCGAGAAGAGGAAGCAGGAUAAGGGCGAUAAUUUGUCUAUUGAGCGCCCAAAUAACGUUUUUAUACCAAUGACGCGGCUUUAUCGUUUCUUAAUAGCUACUCUUUCUCCAUUCAUGGAGUCUCUAUUUUUUGUUUCCCUUGCCUUGAGUGCCGUUGUUGAGCCCGGGUCUGAAAGGGUGGUGUACAAAUGUUUGCUGUUGAAGGCCUGUCAAGCAUGCAUUUUGGAACUGUACGACGCCAAACGAGUUGCGCACCCACAGUCCGGCGGCAGCGGUUUGCUCAAAUCCGCUCUGGAGGGCAUUGCCAUGCUGCACGGCGUCGAAAUUGACCCGGUCGCGAAGGAAGCGGCGUAUUUGAUUCCCGCAACGGCUGACCGCACCGUGCUGUUGGAGCGACUGCAGCAGCUCAUGCGGCACGUGUGUGACAUGCGCUCAUCCUCCCCUAAUUUGUUAAGGGGGAAGGAACAGAAGAAAGCGCGGGAAGACAUACUGAAGGAAUAUGUGAAGCAACUAAAAAGGAUGAAGCGGCCAUCAAAAAUGUGA